AUUCUCUUCGACCUUCAACAACUUACACUACUUCCCUUCUCAUCUUUCACCGCCUCUUGCAACCGCUUCUAGAACCUUCCUUUUCAUCCCUCUCAAAUCAAAAUUAAUCUUCUAUUCGUUGUUAAUUUUUAAAUUCUUCUUUAGAUUCGCUAUUUGUAAAUUUUUGAGUUAAGAGCAAUUUAUUCAGUCCUUAAAUCUUGGGUUCGUUAUUCUAAGACAGAAAUUAUUGGUGUGUUUUGUUAAUCAGUUAGUUGAAACCCUAAACUCUAUGGAAGGUUUGUGACUUGUAGAGGAAGGGCGUGAGAAGAAGAAAAUGUCUGUGGAAAGGUCGUUUGAAGCAUGGGAAGAGGUGCAGCGACACGGUCAGGACCUAGCUGACCGGCUUGCCCAGGGUUUCAGCGGCUUGAUCCAGACCCACAUGAACCCUCCCCAAUUCGUGUGGCCCAACCCUCCCAAGUCCAAGCUUUUCGAUCUGGAGUUUCCUUCACAGAAUUUUGGGAAGAGGGAUUUCGGGUUGGCUACGGAGGAUUAUGGAAUCAACGGCGUUUCCGCGAUUUUCGAUAUUGGGAACCGGAUCGGCCAGGCCGGGGCAGAUUUUGGAGCGAGCUUGAACGGGUUGGUUCAGCAGUUUUUCCGGUCGUUGCCGUUGCCGGUGCCGUUCAAGCAGGAGGAGGAUUCGGUGAGGAUGGAGGGUGGGGAUAAGGGUUGGCAGAGGAGUGGGGUUGGGGUGGUUGUGCAGGAGGAUUUGGGUUUGGGGUCACUUAGUGAGAGAUUGAAGAAUCAUGGGUUUGCUGAGAAUGUUAAUAAUAAUGGUGGUGGCAGUGGAACUGUGGAGGAAGAGGUUGGUGGUGGGUUUAACCUUGGGUCUAUUGGUCAUCUGGGUAGGCGACAGGGAAUCAUAAAUGUUACGUCAACUUAUGAUAGUAGAACUCAAGAAGUGGAAGGUUCUUUAGUUGCAAGAGGAGAUUUGUGGAGAGUAGAGGCAUCACAUGGUGGUUCUACAUCUGGAAAUGAAAAUUCAUCUCUUUUCCUGGUCCAGCUUGGUCCUCUCCUCUUUAUUCGUGAUUCAACUCUCCUUUUGCCUGUUCAUUUGUCGAAGCAGCACUUGCUAUGGUAUGGCUAUGAUAGAAAGUCAUUUGUGGAUCUUCAAUUCCCUAAUGGGCAACUAACCUAUGUAUCUGGUGAGGGUCUAACUACCAGUGCUUUCCUUCCUGUCUUUGGAGGUCUUCUUCAAGCUCAGGGUCAAUAUCCUGGGGAAAUGAGAUUCAGCUUUUCAUGCAAGAACAAGUGGGGAACAAGAAUCACACCAAUGGUACAAUGGCCUGACAAAUCAUUUUCUUUGGGUCUUGCUCAAGCCUUGGCCUGGAAGAGAUCUGGUCUCAUUGUGAGGCCAACUAUCCAAUUCAGUGUAUGCCCUACACUUGGUGGAAGCAAUCCAGGGUUGCGGGCAGAACUCAUUCAUUCUGUUAAAGAGAAACUUAGUCUAAUUUGUGGAUGUGCUUUCAUGACACAUCCUUCUGCGUUUGCUUCAGUCUCUGUGAGUUGUUUCUGAAUGAGCAUAACUUUUUGAAUUAUUCAAGAUUUAUUUUUGAUGUUUUCUGAUAUUGUUGUGAAAGCAUGUUUGUGAGAUAGAAACCUGUGGUUUAUAAUUUACUUUUUGGCUUAAUAUUAUUGCUCAUUAAGCACAUCAUUACUGUUAUCAGUUGAUGGAAAGGGGUAGAUAAAAACAGAGUUUAUAGUUCACACUAAUCACAAGAUGUUCUUAGUUUGCUAACUGAGCUUAGGAUUUGAAACCCACUGGAAUUACCUUGUGGUUAGGGCCAAGUUAACAUUUAAGUGAGGAUUGGUUCCACACCCAAAGGGUGUGGGUACAUGUCAUUAUCUUACUAAAAAGGCAAAAUAUAUCUAGUAAACUUUACAUUUAUGUAUUUGUCAAUACAGAUAGAUAGACACGUGCAUGUAUGCUCAAACAUACCAUUUUGAUAAUGUACAUACAUAUAUGCAUUAUGUAGGAUUAAAUUUUAAUCAGAGAAGUAAAAAUAGAAGUGGAUUUUAUUAUACUCCAGCUGUAAUUUUUGUUAGGUUCAUUUAUGUGAAAAUAUUGGAAUUGAAAUAUGCAAUAUUAUUGAGUGUAUGUUGGUGGUGUUUUAGGCAAAAGCUGAAGAUAACAUACUUUAAAUUCAAGUAGCCCUGAAGGCAAAUGGUAUAAAGCUUAGAUGUCCAUUGUCGUGGGUGGUUGUAUUGUCACUAUCUGUUGAUGUAUGUACUAAUUAUACAAUAUUUGUAUAAGAAAAGUAUAAUGCCUAUUCUUUGGUUUUUAACAUACUAAUCGCUUGAUAACAAAGAAAAAAGGAAGUGAGAAGACAGAGUCUAACAUGUAGUAAGUAUAUAAAAUUUAGUGUACUCGGACCAUUUUAAGUUCUUAUCUUUGUAAGUCACUACGCCAGGUGGGAGUCUCAGAAUACGUGUCCCGAAUGUUUAUGAAUAAUGAUUAUUUCUUGCUUUAUUACCGUUGUAAACUUUUGUUAGCACUAAUCGUUGACUAUUAUUUCCCAAGUUCAUAGUGAAAAGUGAGUGGUUAUGAAUGAUAAUCUAAAUGAUUUCUCUUGUCUAACUUUUUGUAUUGUGUUCAGAUUGGCAGAUCAAAGUGGAAUGGAAAUGUGGGGAACUCAGGUCUUGUUCUAAGAGUUGAUGCCCCUCUCUCCACUGUUGGGCGCCCUUCCUUCUCCAUUCAGAUAAACAGUGGCAUUGAGUUUUGAUCCAAGUGUUUGGUACCAUCUGUUUUAUAUAUUACAUGAAGUGUACAUAGGUUUGGUCCCUUGAAACAUACUUGCAGGAAAAAAAAAACGGAAAAGAAAAAUCUCCUAACAGCAAAGCUUGGUCUUUAUGUGAAUAGAAAAUCUUGACCUGGUAGUAUAUUAGUUUGUCAUUUUCUAUGGUUUGGCCCAAAUCAUUUUGGAGCCUAGUGUACUUAUUAUUGAAUUUCUAAUUAUUUUGCAGGCCUAACUUCUAAAAGUUGCAAAUUGAGUUGUGGGAAUACUUCUCAUUGUUAUUUUUCCUUAGAUUAGUACUAAAAUUCAUAUUCUAAUUGUUAUAAUUA